GUAGAUGCAGGCCGGAAGGAGCGUUGGAUGUGUGUACGGUAGUCUACAGUCAAUUCGGAAGGCACGCUAAGGGUUCGUCAUGGGCUAUGAUCCCCGUGCGCAAGGCUGAGCGUCCCUCUUCUGACCCCCGCCGCUCUCCUCACGUCAAACGUUGCCGCAUCUUGACGCUCUCUUUCACCGGGCCUCGCGUGGUGACGGCAUAUAUCAACGUCCCGCUCCUUCUCGUGCUGCUCCUGCGCCGGACUCUCCCUCACCCUCCCUCACCGCCGACAUCCGAAUUGACAGCCUUGAAAUACCACCUUCGCUUUCGACAACCAUGAAGCUCGACAAGGUCCUCGCGGCUGUACUGUCGCUGGCAGACGCAGCAGCAGUCUCUUCACGUCAAGACACCACCAACGUCUCCUCAACACCCGCCCUCGGCUAUGACGAGCUCUGGCUGCUGCAGAACGAGUUCUAUGAACGAUUCAUGUACCCCAACAACAUCAAGGAAGCCCGGGCUAUCAACUCAACCAUCUUCUCCGAUGACGUCCAAGGCCGUGUAUCUGAUACCCGCAACUUCGAGGGCCGCGAGCUCAAUACUGAGUACAUCUUCGGCCUUUUCACUCCCACGGACGCCGUUAGCGUCAUCGGUCGACCAAUCGGCCCCUACGAAAUCCUCCAGUUUGCCGCAAACCAAAACAUUGCAUCCGCAACUACCCGCGUCGGCUUUAUCUUCCCUUCCUUCAAGAACCUGUCCCUCCCCGUGACCAUCGAUACCUGGAUCAGCUGGAAUUCGGAGCGCCAAAUCACCCAAUACGACGUCACCUUCCGCUGGUUCGGGUACCUCUUCGAGACCCUCCUCCUCUCUCUGGAUUCUGAUCCGACCAACGCGACCGCCAAGGCUGUGAAUGCGCUCGCCACGUCCAUAUGUUCCACGCACACCAGGUACUGCAACGGGACGAACACGCAGUACGAUUCCCCCGAGGACUGCUACCACUUCCUUACCCAGGAGAUCCGCGUGGGGCAGAGCUUUGAGCUCGGCAUGAACACCCUGAUGUGCCGGAGUGUGCAUGAGAUCAUGGUUCGGUACCGGCCUGAUGUGCAUUGCUCGCAUAUCGGGAAGGAUGGAGGCGGCAUGUGCGAUGAUAGCAUGUCGUAUGCUUUCAAGGUGGAUGAGAAGUAUUUCACGAAUUCGCCGUGGAUACCGCAGGUAUUUUGAUUGUUGAUGAAUUUCGCGUGGCUUCAUGUAUUUAGUUUUCGCCGUGUUUUCGGUACUUUCCUGUCAGGAUGAUAAGGAUGCUAAUGGUCGGAUCGCAGAUCAAUGGCUCUCACGAGUCAGGCACGUCAACGUCGAGCAAGCCGACGGCUACCAUGCCGACGUAUACGACUCCGGUGCCUACAGCGUCAUCGUAUGCUCCUCCGCCGUAUACGCCUCCUACUAAUGGGGCCCAGUCACCUGGUUU